AACCCGGAAGAGGAAGCACGUAGCGAGAAAAAAAAUAAGCACAGAAGUAUAAUUGUUCUGUUUUUGUUGGAUUCCGCUGAACACUUCGAGCUCCAUCGUAUCUUAUACAGCGUGUAUAACGAUCACGGUCAAACUGUUCAAGAACCACAGCCAUGGCUUAUUCGGUGAAUCUCGUUCUGCCUAUGCUAACUUUGCUAAAUUAGCCUGUUUCAUACAUGCACAGUCUAUGUUUUUUUUUCCCUCCCCGACACUCGAUGUAUUUAUCCGGUAAUUAAUCGUCGGUCUUGCGUGACUGGUUGCCACGUCAGCUCUCUCUGUGUGAGCAGUGUUUUGACUUCCCCCCUCGAGGGUUUUCUGCGGUCAUGUCUCCGAUGGGUAUCCGGCUGUCGCCGCUCGGUGUAGCGGUGUUCUGUCUGCUUGGAGUCGGUGUCAUCUACCAUCUGUAUGCCGGGGUCAUCUCCAACCGCCUAUCUGCUUUCAGACAGAGGAAAAAAGUGGAUCUGCGAGACCUGCUAGCUGUGUCAGUUGAGGCCGCAGUACUAGGUGGAAAAGAGGUCAAAAGAGUGCGUGAAAGUAAUGGUCUGAAUGAGAAGUCAAAGGGAGAGACUAAAGAAGGAGCCAAAGAGCUUCUGACAAUGGGUGACCUGCAGUCUCAUAAAAAGAUGUAUCACCUUAUAAAGAACACCUUUCCUGAAAUCAAGGUGAACAGUGAGGAACAUGACAACUCUGAAGAUAAGACAGCAAUUUGGAGCCGGGGAAUUCCAGCAGACAUACUGCAGAAGGUGGAGGCAGGCAGCGAUGUUUCUGCUGACAGCAUCACUGUGUGGAUCGAUCCGCUGGAUGCUACGCAGGAAUAUACUGAAUACUUGGUUCAUUAUGUGACCACUAUGGUUUGUGUAGCUAUUAAUGGUAAACCAGUUAUUGGGGUCAUACACAAGCCAUUCACUGGGUUUACUGCCUGGGCAUUUGUGGGUCACAGUUCAAACGUUAAACCUCGGUCAUCCUACAAUAUGAACUCCCCAAAGGUCAUUGUAUCACGGUCCCAUGCUGGAAAAGUAAAAAAUUACAUUAAUACUGCAUUUGGAAACACAACGAUCAUACCAGCAGGUGGAGCAGGAUAUAAGGUACUGGCACUCCUGGAGCCUCUUCCAGGUGACACAGAGUCUAAAGAACAGGCAGAUGUUUACAUCCACGUCACCCUAAUUAAGAAAUGGGAUAUCUGUGCUGGUGCAGCACUACUAAAUGCACUGGGAGGCUACAUGACAAAUCUGAAGGGAGAAGACAUUGACUACAGUGGAAAAGCAGAGAACACGGGUGGACUGGUGGCCAGCGUCAAUGUAGACCACAAGGCAUUAGUGAAGAGACUACCAAGUUGGAACCCUGACGAGCAGUGAGACCCACACACGGAGCUAUUGGUAGUUUGGUCAUCUUUGACUACAGAGACUUUGAUGCAAACAUAACCAGGCCUGUGUGAUGUCAUCAUUGUCAGAUGCCACACAUCCAUCAGUCAGAUGAUUGGAGGCACUCUUCACGUGUCACAGAACAGGAUUGGGGAACCAACCUGGAUGUCUCUGUAAACUGCUACAGCAGGACACAGUGGCUCUGAUUGAUUCCCCAUACAUGUGUACAUACUUAUGUCCAGGAAAAAUAUUCCAUCUUUCUCUCCAUGCGCAUUAAUGCACAAACGCAUGCUCACGGUGAACACUGGACAACACUUCUACUUCCUAGAUCUCAUCCUGCACCUUCAAACACCAACAGAGUGGCUCCAGUGUAAUAAAUUCAACUAUGAAUGAAGGUUGCAAAGCGGGACAAUACAAGGAAACUGGAUGGCAUUCUUCUUAAAUUCACAUUAAUAAUAUAAUGGGAGCAUCUUUGUGGGGGUUUUUUCUGUUUGUUUGUUUUGGUUUUUAAAUCAUGGUGAAAAACAAAAUCACAGAAGACUAUGCUGACGAUGAGUGAUUGGAUUGAACUGUAUGCAUAUUGAUACCUGAGACACAGCAAAGACUUGACCUGAGAGGGAAUUCUAAACUUUGGCACCACAGUGAUUUGCCAUUGUUUAUCACUAAAUGGUACACCAACACAGAUGGACAUAAAAUAAUCAGCCAACCCUUGUUCACCAGCACCCUUUUACAAAACACAUUCAGUCUGUCUUCAAAAAGAUGGUUCCUGCUACAACAGUAAAGGACUAUUACAAUAGAUUGUCAAAAUGCUACGAACAUGGAAUUUAUAGCUACAUUUUCAGAAUUUCCUCUUCUUGGCUGAUCUCUUUGGUUUUGAUCUGUUGUUUUAUAAGCUGUGAGUUAAGACCUAUAAUAUUUAUGAAAGUUGAUCUUGAUCUGAUUUGUUUAACU